CUGCCUGGCUGCUCUCAGCCCCUCUGUCCCCAGCCUGCAGUGCUGCUCGGGGUUGUUGUGGCCAAAGUGCAGAACCCUGCCCUUGGCCUUGUUCAAUCUCAUCCCUCUAUUAAAUGUGGCCUCUGUUAAAUUAACUUCUCUAUUACAGCUGUAACUUAGGUUUUCCUUAGUUAACUCUGCAGGGCAUUAGGCACAUUCAAAGUUAUGUCAGUUUGUAACUGGGGCUGUAAAGAAUGGUUAUGCAUUGCCUGUGCUUCUGAUUUCAGGAGAGUCCCAUUUCAUUCUUGAUGCUUUCUUUAAGAGAGGCAUACAACUGAGCUCCCUCAGAGAAGCAGCAUGAAGUGCAUGAAGGAUGCUGGCUGCACUCAGUACAGACAAGGCACAUUGGAGUGCCAAAAAGGAGACCUCCUUCACCUGCUUCUCCUGUGCAAGCUCUUCUGUCUGUCUGCUGAGAUGUUUCUGCCUGUUUCUCUGGCAGAGAAGUGUUUGCUUUUUGGGCUGGCGAGCUGACCAUCCGUACUACCGUCGCCUUGAAUGCCUCCAACCAGCAGUGUUUGCUGCCAGACAGACACCUGGAGAAGACAGAGGACAUGCUGCGGUGGCUCCGAUUGUUACGCCGUGUGAUUUAUCUUCCUGUCCUGGCUGUCUUCCCGUGCUGGGUGCUGGCAGUGAAUACGUGGUGAGGAGUGCUUGGGGUGUGCCAUCCUUUGCUGUUCUCACUGUGGGAACUCCAAGAGCCAUGGAAUGGGCACAGGCUGGUGAUGGACUUCUGCAACGAAGCAAGAGAGUCCUCUAUGAGGCUAAGGCUGCUGUAAUGGUAGAGUUCAUUGCUUAUUCAGUGAGGUGAUGCUCUUGUCAGUCAAGAAGGACUUAGUUGCAGAGGCUUUGGAAAUGCUUUGAUGUAAGCUUGUUGCUAUGCUGUGCCUAGUGUAUCUAUUGUCACUAUUUAGAACUAGGCUUAAACCAAAUGAACUUCUGGAUUAAAACAGCCAAUCAUGUCUGCCACAGUU